AUGCACAGAACUUACUCUUUGAGAAACUCUAGAGCUCCUACUGCUUCGCAGAUGGUUUCACCACCACCUCCUCCAUCUAGUACGAAGUCGAAAUUCUUUGGUAAGGCUUCCAUUGCUACUUCUUUCAGAAAGAAUGCUGCUGGCAAUUUUGGUCCUGAAUUGGCCCGUAAGUUGUCACAGUUGGUCACCACCGAAAAAGGUGUUUUGAGAUCUAUGGAGGUUGUUGCGAAUGAACGUCGUGCUGCCGCUAGACAAUUGUCUCUAUGGGGUGUUGAUAACGAUGAUGACGUGUCCGACGUGACUGACAAGCUCGGUGUUUUGAUUUACGAGUUGGGUGAGUUGCAGGACCAAUUUAUCGAUAAGUACGACCAGUACCGUGUGACUUUGAAGUCUAUUAGAAACAUUGAGGCUUCUGUGCAGCCCUCGAGAGACCGUAAGGAAAAGAUUACCGAUGAAAUUGCUCACUUGAAGUACAAGGACCCUCAAUCUGCCAAGAUUCCAGUCUUGGAGCAGGAAUUGGUUCGUGCUGAAGCUGAAUCUUUAGUUGCCGAAGCUCAAUUGUCUAAUAUCACUAGAGAAAAGAUGAAGGCUGCUUUCAACUACCAAUUCGAUUCUAUUAGGGAGUUGGCGGAGAAGUUCGCUUUGAUUGCUGGUUACGGUAAAGCGCUGCUCGAGCUAUUGGAUGAUUCUCCCGUGACCCCUGGUGAGACUAGGGCCGCUUAUGAUGGUUAUGAAGCUUCGAGACAGAUCAUCAUGGAUGCCGAGGUCGCUCUAGAAUCUUGGACUUUGGACAUUGCCGCAGUCAAGCCAACUUUGUCUUUCCAUCAAACUGUCGAUGACGUCUACGACGAAGACGAAGAUCAACACGACGAAAUCGCGGGUGAAGGCGACGAGUGGGCUAACGAAGCUGAGGUUUCUGAAGAAACCGGAUUGCCAGCUCAUAGUCAGCAUUCUACCGCUGCAUAA